AUGGCGUCGGCUGAGGCCUCUGCUGCUCCGACAGCGCGUCUCUGCGCCGAGCUGGACGCGCUCGAAACGACGUCAUUGCGGCGCCUCCCCAUCGACGAUGCACGCCGUGUGCUGGCUCGGCUCGACGACGUGGACGCGCAGCUCUGCUGUAGCGCCGGUGUUGCAGUUCCCAUCCCAGACAGCCGUGAAGGCGCGGUUCCCUGCGCCGCAAAUGGAGGCACCAUGCCCUCAGCUGAUGAUGCCUCCACGGGGACACUCAAGAAGCUGCGCUCGACCUUCGCCGCUGAGCUGACCGUCUCCCAGCAAGAUGCACUGAUGCGUGUAUUGUACGCGUGCAUGGCAUCUUGCGCCUCUGGCGUCACGACACCCACAUUGGAAGCAGCUUGCUGUGCACCGACUGGUGCGCACGCGCCUCUCUCACCAGCGGUUGUGCGCCGACUGUACGAGUGGCACGCAGCCCUGCACGACGCGGCUGGCGAUGGCGCGGUGGUGCGUGCCUUGAUGAGCAGAUGA